GGCCUGGCCGCCAGGUCGCCGGGGGUGCGGAGGACGCUGCCCAGGCAGAAGCUAUUCAACAGACUGCAAGUAAUAUUACAACAUUUGAAAAUGUCUAAGCAUACAGAUUCAACAGCUGAAGUGUUGUUGGAAAAGAGAGGAGGUGCAGGAAUAAUAACUUUGAAUAGACCCAAGGCUCUCAAUGCACUAAAUCUUUCUAUGAUCCAACAAAUUUAUCCACAAAUAAAGACUUGGGAGCAAGAUCCUGAAACUUUUCUAAUAAUUAUAAAGGGAACUGGAGGAAAAGCUUUUUGUGCUGGGGGUGACAUCAGAGCCAUCACAGAUGCAGGAAAAGUUGGAGAUAGACUGGCACAAGAUUUCUUCAGAGAAGAAUAUAUCCUGAACAAUGCUAUUGGCACUUGCAAGAAGCCAUAUGUGGCACUUAUUGAUGGCAUUACAAUGGGAGGGGGAGUUGGCCUCUCAGUCCAUGGACAUUUCCGAGUUGCUACAGAAAAGACACUUUUCGCAAUGCCAGAAACAGCAAUAGGUCUUUUUCCUGAUGUAGGUGGAGGAUAUUUCUUGCCAAGACUAUCAGGAAAGAUUGGCUAUUACCUUGCACUAACAGGGUUUAGGCUGAAAGGAAGAGAUGUACUAAAAGCUGGCAUCGCUACGCAUUUUGUAGAAUCUGAAAAGCUACCUGCCUUAGAGAGUGACCUGAUAGCACUGAAAUCUCCUUCAACAGAAAAUAUUGCAGACUUAUUGAACUCUUACCAUAUGAAGAGCAAAGCUGAUCAAGAAAAGGAGUUUGUACUUGAUGAACAUAUGGAGAAGAUUAACAGUCUUUUUUCAGCAAAUAGCAUGGAAGAAAUUGUUAAAAAACUAAAGCAAGAUGGUUCUCCUUUUGCCAUUAAGCAGCUAGAGACUAUUAAUAAGAUGUCACCUACAUCCUUAAAGAUGACUCUCAGACAGCUCAGAGAAGGAGCUUCCAUGAGCUUACAAGACGUACUCACAAUGGAAUACAGACUGAGCCAAGCAUGCAUGAGAGGCCAUGACUUCUAUGAAGGGGUUCGGGCAGUGCUGAUUGACAAAGACCAAUCCCCCAGAUGGAAGCCAGCUGCUCUAGAAGAAGUCAGUGAUGAAUUUGUGGAUGAUUGUUUUAAGCCAUUGGGAAGCAACGAUCUCAAAUUGUAAAGAUCAAGCCUAUUGACAUCUUAUACAUCUGCUUAAUUGUAUGAUAUAAAAAUUAAUAGUAGUGUGAUAAAGUUUGACAAGACUCUUUUAGCUAGCCUGAGAUUCCUGAGUCUAAUUUUUUUCAUUCAGGAAAUUCUCUUUUGUUAUGCUGCCAUAAUGACAAAAUAAUCAUAUCUCUGGUUAAUAAGGGGAAAAAAUACUUCAAAGCAAAUUGUUAUUUUUACCACUUUACACAAUGAUUAAUAUUUAAUUUUUUGCAUCUUAGUUUAGGAGGAACCUUUGGGGGAGAUGGCAUAGUUAAGGGAUGACCUGGUACACAAGAAGUCAGGAGACCUUUGUGCUCUUGGCUCUGUCACUGAUCUGUUAAAUUGGGACUGUGCCUCAGAUUCUUCUCUAUGCAAUGAAAAUAAAAUAUACUUAAAGCGUUAAAACAGGCAGAGCUACAAAGGAGAAUGCAAGACAUGCUAAAUCCAUGAUGUUAAGUAGUCUUUUAAAUAAAAGGUCAGACUGACACAUUAUUAGUCUGAGAGCAAGAAAUUGUUCUACUGAUUUAACAUUUGGUUGGUAUUCAGUUGGUAUUCAUUGCUGUGUGAUGUAGACAUUGUUGCAAAUGUCGGAAUAUUGCCAGUCUAGAGCACACUUCUGUUUGCUUGUAAAACCAAUUUUUUUUAAAAUGCCAUUAAGUUUGAUUGAACUGCAUAAUUAGUUUUUUGUGAUUUCAAAAAUUGCUAGUUUUUCCUGGUCUUACAGUGGUGAAGAAAUAACUGUCUCAGACCUCCCUCUGAACGCCAAGCAGCACAUUUCCUGUUGAUGUUAGCGAUUGUCUAAUGAUUUUAGUGGUAGAGGUCAGCCUGGCCCUAAUACUACAAGUGGCUGGAGUUUAUCUACACCAACUAGUCUGUGUUCCCGUUUGCUUGUGCCCAUGAACAUCCUGUCUGCUGAGUGGAAAAUUGGUGAAAACUAGGGGGGACGCAGCAAUAUGUACUGAAGAUAAUGAAUAGGGGAAAACAUGAAAUAUCUGCUGCUAGACGGAUCGUAAAUUUUUUUAACACAACAUAUCCUAAUAAAUGUGUUUGUUGGGAUCAAAAUUUAAAUACACAUCAAAACCCCCUCGUUGUAUGUGCAUUAAGGGUUGCUGGGUUCUGAUACUAAUAAUACUUGAAGUUUUAUGACAUAACCAGAGCCCCUUGAUAAAAGUACAAUCUUUUUGGGGCGUAAAAUUAAUUUUUCUAUUGUGUAUGCAACACAUAGCUACUAAUCUUUCUUCAUCAUUAAGACUGCAUGCUUUUUUAUGGUUAAGCAAAUCAUAUAUCAGUAUCUCUUCCUACUUGUUUCUACAGUUAUAGGCAGGUCACAGGUACAAAUUUUGGCUUCUUUGAAGAUGAACCACUGAAACUAAAGGAAAAAGUCUUUUGUUCAAAUAACAUAGUAAUCAGCACCGGGGAAUCAAAAAGUCAGAGCUAUAGCAGAACUGUUAGAGAGCACGAUAUUCAACAUUGGGCAGCUUUUAUUACCGACCGUAAUGGUCUACACUGGCUUAAGGCUCCUUCCUUCCUAGAAGCUGUUGCCUGGAAACAAAGUCCAGGAAAUUCAGGCAUCAAGGUGAACUACUAGAGUGACUUUCAAAGAAUUAGAGGUGAGCAAAAUGGAGAGCAAAAUCAAGAAAAAAUGGCACCUUGCUUUGUCACUAGAAUCUUUAAGAUAAAAUUGUUAAAAUUUCAGCUGCCAGUUAAUGUUACCAUGACAUACUUGUUAUGAGACAGUCCCCAAGUUUAUUUUCAAAAGUAAUUGAGAGAUUUCAUUAAUAUCUGUAGGGUAACUUCCGAACAUAUGACUUGAAUUUCUACCUCAUGCAGGUUCUGUAAGAAAUGUAAACCUCCCCCCUUAUUUUUUAAAAACUUUAUAUGUUUUAGAUUCUUAAACAAUGGCUAUUUUUAAUUUAUUUUUUAAAAAUUGGUUCAUUCCAUUAUUUUUGUACAAAAGGAGCAAUCUUCAGCGACUGUAUUUAAUGAAAAAAACAGUAAUCCCCAGGGAGUAGGGCUCAUGCCUUCUCUGAUUGAAAAGGACUUAAAACGUUUUAGCAAGACUAUACUUCUGAAUCAGUAAACUUUGACUUGCAUGUUCAGUUGCUUCCAAAAUUUAUGUGAACGGGAAUUAUGCCAAACUCAUGGUAACAAGACCCUGUCCAGUCUGUGCAUUUUUGUGAAAUAAAAGUCUUACAAGCAAAUGGUAAGUUUAAUUUUAUUUGGUCCACAAGAAAGUAUUUUCCACAAAAAUAUUGUAAAAAUAUAUUGUAGUGUGUUUUAUUUGGGAAUACUGAUGUGUCUUACUACAGAAAUGUCAAUUUUACAAAGUUGUGCUGCAGUUAGCAUGUUUUGAACCAUUAUUAGAAUAUCAACUCAGUCACAUAGUACCCACUCAGACUAUCUUAUGUUUUCUGGAGAAAAUAUAAAGCAAGUGUAUUUUUAACUCCUAAAUAGAAGUAAAUGGUUUUGCAGAGUAUGCC